CGGAGGCGCAUCACAAAGUGGCCCGAUGAUUCUGCAAUAACCAUUCCACAACCCACUCCCUACCUUCUUCUCGCCAAUCGACCCCAACUCUCCAAGUCACCUGGGGGAAAACUCUCUUUUUUGUUUCUCGUGUUCCACACUUCUGUCUCUAUUGUGUCGUCAUGGGCGUUAUUGGUAUCGGCCUCAUCGUUGCCUCUGUUGUCUGGGUGCUUGUUCGUCCGCCGUCAUGGAUGCCAGAGCCGCUGCAGAUCCUCCUCCGCUGGAGGGGGACAGGUCCUCCUGCUAUUGUAGCUAAGGACGCGGCUGAGACUGAAGCUGAUGAUGCUGAUCCUGGACCCCGUAUCAUGGUGUCGGAUCACGAGGUGGAACCGGGCCCUCGACUCCGGGCACGUCCGGCCGAUAACCGUACCACACGAGACGACGACCAGCGUCGAGACCAGGGAAAGGCUAUCGCUACAGCGAUCGAUACCCCAACCUCCUCGUCGAAGAUAGACAGGAAAGACGCCGCUUCUAUGCCGCCGCCCCCUUUACCAAAGGUUGCAUCCCCACCUCCAACCAUCGCCGAGCCCGAAGAACAAACAACUCCCAAGGCUGUCGCAUCCGAUCCUCCCUCUAUUUCCGUCCCCAGCUUCAAUCUCGACAAUGCUCCUAUUGCGCCGAGUUCACACCCCGCCCCGCGUCGGAACCCCACAGCCCCGGGCCCCGCUCUCUCCCCGGAUCCAACCUCCAUGAUGCCGCCUCCAGCUCCGGGACGUCUUCCUCCUCCCAAGUUCUCGGCUGCCCCACCUGCUGGUCGCAUGCCAUCACUCUCUCAGUUCCCCGCCGUGAACUCACCACAACGCGCUCGUGGCCCUGUACCAAACCGAGGUCCUCCAUCGUCAGGUGGCCUGGCACCUCCACCUACACACUCAUCUAAACCCAGCAAGCCCAAUCGCAAGGUCCUCCUCACGCCAGGCCACUCUCCUCUCGACUGGGCUCGCAUAUCUGGACCUAAUGCCGACCUCCGCGGUGUCGAACCUCAAACGCCAUACCUGCGCGUGACUCCAUCCAUGCUGAAGCGCAUGACAGGUCGCAAGGGCAAAGAUGCUUGGAUGGCUCUGAACGGCAAGGUAUACAAUGUUACACCCUAUGCCGACUUUCAUCCUGGCGGUGUUCCCGAGUUGAUGCGUGGGGCUGGGCGUGACGGGACCAAGCUGUUUGGCGAGAUUCAUCCUUGGGUGAACUACGAGACUAUGCUAUCAGCCUGUCUCGUAGGCCUUCUUGUGGAGGAGUCUGAAGGCACCGAGAGUCAGAUGGACCAGAUGGAUUAGACCAUGAUAUUGAGGGACGACAUAGACCAUAGACGCAAGACUACUGGCGCAUCCAUGUUACAUGGAAACAAUAUUUCACGUGUAUUAGGUUAUACUGUUCGCGCCAUAGAUGCUCUUCUCGAACACUUAGAUGUACAUUAGCUAGAAAGAUACCCCGCAGAGACUGGUCUUCACCGUCUCUUUCCAAAUCGAAACUUGAGCUCGUCAUCACUAUCACUAUCCGCGACUUCCACAGCUCUUCUCGUUGGUCGACUCCGCUUCGGAGGCUGCUGUCCAGCAGCAGGCUCUGCUGCAGCUCGUUUACUCCCCUGACUCGUGUUCUGUGAUGCUUGACUCCUUGAUUUAGUUUGCGACUGUGUUUGUGGCGCAGCGGCCUGUGCCCCUCGCGUCCGAGUCGCUGGUACCGAAGAUACUGAAUUGUUUUCUUCGUCGCUGCUGUCUGAUAUGACAUUGGCAUAUGCCCUUUUCUGGGAACGAGAUGAAGCCGAUGGUGCUGUGGGCGCAGAUGGUUGUGACUGUGAUCCAGGAGCUUGGCUCGAGUUCCUCUUUCUGCGCUCCAUUUCCUCAUCCUCGAGCCAGUAAUCAUCUCCAAUGCCGAACUCCUUCGUCUUGACUUGCGUCAGAGGUACAAUAGUCUUUACAGGCUGCCGUCCUGUCACCUCUCCGCGUUGUCUGAACCUCUUGAAGUUCUUCAUCCCGUUCCACUUGGGGUCCCAUCUUCCGUCACGAAUAUCUUGUUCUCGAGUACGGGGAUUACUAGGUUGUCGUACUUCGAUCUCCUCUACAAUAUUGAGUCUGCGGAUCUCGGCGAG